UGGUCUCAUGGCUAAGGAUGACCAGAACUUGACAUGGACACUCCUUGAAUUUCAUACCAUGCAGAGGCAUUUUUAUUUCCUUGUGACCUUGACUGGGUUUUGAACAGUGCCCAACCCAAGUUCAAAGGCUGAUGAGAGAGAAAAUCUCAUGAGGAGGUUUUACUCUAGGGAAAGUUGUUCAGUGAAUGGGGUUUUGGCGCUCAGGGAAAGAUGUCAGGCUCUUCCUGGCUCCUUCUCAGCCUUGUUGCUGUAACCGCUGCUCAAUCCACCACUGAGGACCUGGCCAAGAAAUUUUUGGACGACUUUAACUCUGAAGCCGAAAACCUGUCUCAUCAAAGUUCACUUGCUUCUUGGGAAUAUAACACCAAUAUUAGCGAUGAGAAUGUCCAAAAGAUGGAUGAGGCUGGGGCCAAAUGGUCUGACUUUUAUAAAAAACAAUCCAAGCUUGCCAAAAAUUUUUCACUAGAAGAAAUUCAUAAUGACACAGUCAAGCUCCAGUUGCAGAUCCUUCAGCAGAGUGGGUCACCAGUGCUCUCAGAAGACAAGAGCAAACGAUUGAACUCAAUUCUAAAUGCAAUGAGCACCAUCUACAGUACUGGAAAAGUUUGCAAGCCAAAUAAUCCACAGGAGUGCUUAUUACUUGAACCAGGUUUGGACAACAUAAUGGAAACGAGCAAAGAUUACAAUGAAAGACUCUGGGCUUGGGAAGGCUGGAGGGCUGAGGUCGGCAAGCAGCUGAGGCCAUUAUACGAAGAGUAUGUGGUCCUGAAAAAUGAGAUGGCAAGAGGAUACCAUUAUGAGGACUAUGGGGAUUAUUGGAGAAGAGAUUAUGAAACAGAAGGGUCACCUGACCUUGAGUACAGCCGUGACCAGUUGAUUAAAGAUGUGGAACGUAUCUUUGCAGAGAUUAAACCAUUAUAUGAACAACUUCAUGCUUAUGUGAGGACAAAGUUGAUGGAUACCUACCCUUUCCAUAUCAGUCCAACUGGAUGCCUCCCUGCCCAUUUGCUUGGUGAUAUGUGGGGUAGAUUUUGGACAAAUCUGUACCCUUUGACAGUCCCCUUUGGACAGAAACCAAACAUAGAUGUUACUGAUGCAAUGUUGAACCAGAACUGGGAUGCAAAGAGGAUAUUCAAGGAGGCUGAGAAGUUCUUUGUGUCCAUUGGCCUUCCUAAUAUGACUGAAGGAUUCUGGAAUAACUCCAUGCUAACUGACCCAGGCGACGGCCGGAAAGUGGUCUGCCACCCCACAGCCUGGGACCUGGGGAAGGGUGACUUCAGGAUCAAGAUGUGCACAAAGGUGACAAUGGAGGACUUCCUGACAGCCCAUCAUGAGAUGGGACACAUCCAGUAUGACAUGGCAUAUGCCUCACAACCAUACCUGCUAAGAAAUGGAGCUAAUGAAGGGUUCCAUGAAGCUGUUGGGGAAGUCAUGUCACUUUCUGUAGCUACACCUAAACAUUUGAAAACCAUGGGUCUACUGUCAUCUGAUUUUCUUGAAGACAAUGAAACAGAAAUAAACUUCCUAUUCAAACAAGCACUGAAUAUUGUUGGAACUCUACCAUUUACUUACAUGUUAGAAAAGUGGAGGUGGAUGGUCUUUAAGGGUGAAAUUCCCAAAGAGGAGUGGAUGAAAAAGUGGUGGGAGAUGAAGCGAAAGAUCGUCGGGGUGGUAGAACCUGUACCCCAUGAUGAAACGUACUGUGACCCAGCGUCUCUGUUCCAUGUUGCUAAUGAUUACUCAUUCAUCCGUUAUUACACAAGGACCAUUUUUGAAUUCCAGUUUCAUGAAGCCCUUUGUCGAAUAGCUAAACACGAUGGUCCCCUGCACAAAUGUGAUAUCUCCAAUUCCACUGACGCAGGGGAGAAGCUGCACCAGAUGUUGAGCGUUGGAAAAUCACAACCCUGGACCUCCGUACUGAAAGAUUUUGUAGGCUCAAAGAACAUGGAUGUAGGCCCACUGCUCAGAUACUUCGAGCCCUUGUAUACCUGGCUGACGGAGCAGAACAGGAAGUCUUUUGUGGGAUGGAACACUGACUGGAGUCCAUAUGCUGACCAAAGCAUUAAAGUGAGGAUAAGCCUAAAAUCCGCUCUUGGAGAAAAAGCCUAUGAAUGGAAUAACAAUGAAAUGUACUUAUUCCGGUCAUCUGUUGCGUAUGCCAUGAGAGAGUAUUUUUUAAAAACCAAAAACCAGACAAUUCUUUUUGGGGAGGAAGAUGUUUGGGUGAGUAAUUUGAAGCCAAGAAUCUCCUUCAACUUCUAUGUCACUUCACCUAGAAAUUUGUCUGACAUCAUUCCUAGACCGGAAGUUGAAGGGGCCAUCAGGAUGUCUCGGAGCCGUAUCAAUGAUGCUUUCCGCCUGGAUGACAACAGCCUGGAGUUUCUGGGUAUUCAGCCGACACUGGGACCCCCUUACCAGCCACCUGUCACCAUAUGGUUGAUUGUUUUCGGGGUUGUGAUGGCAGUGGUAGUGGUUGGGAUUGUUGUGCUCAUCAUCACCGGAAUCAGAGACCGAAGGAAGAAAGAUCAAGCAAGAAGUGAAGAAAAUCCUUAUUCUUCCGUGGAUUUGAGUAAAGGAGAAAAUAAUCCAGGAUUCCAAAAUGGUGAUGAUGUUCAGACUUCGUUUUAGAGAAAUCUAUUUUAUUUCCUCUUGAGGUGAUUUCAUUGUAUGUAAAUGUUAAUUUCGUAGUCCAGAAAAUAUGAGAUUAUAAAGAUGUUAUUAAAUAUCAGAACCAUGGCUGUGUUCAGGAAAAUUGUCCAAAGAAGACAUGCCGAGGAGAGGGCCUCUUCACUUGCAUUGCUUUUGGUAUUUAUUUCUGUAUCAACAUUUGACUUCUUUUCUGUUUCCUAAAAGAGAUGUUUAUCUUUGAGAAUAAUAGAGAAAGUGUGUCUUUAGCCACCCGGGCUGUUCAGGGGUAAUGGAAAUGGAAAUGUCUAUUGUGUUGCUGGAGCUGAAAAAAAGCUACAUGGCAGGAGUAAGUGUAGGAGCCUUCUAUGGAAUCCAGUUGCAUGGCUUUUAAGGACAGUGCACGUGAGCUGAUGGAGCUACAGGGAUGGGGAAUGACGUACACUAUUCACUUUCUUUAAAUUCACGUGUAAAGGAUGAUGCGCUCUCUUCACAUUAACGUAAUCUAAGUACUAUACUGAUUUGCCCAGUGGUGAUUGGACUAGACCAUGCCUUCUACAGGAUGACAAGUCUAAAAGAGAAGAACCCAGAGAGUGUCAGAAGGUGUUGCCUUCUCACUUCCAAGCUGUCGGAUCAUCAUCUCUCUGACAAGAUUAAAGUAGCCCCCAGGGCCUCCAUGACCCCUCACCCCACACACCUGGUAGAAAUUCGCUUCUGUUGUUCUCUAACUGUGGACUGAAUGGAAAUCCCAACUGAAUAUCACCCUCUGAAGUGGGCACCCAGUUUCUUAAAUCUUUUGUAUUCACUCACAAUGUCUGAGCAGUGCUGAGCACAAAGCAGACAUUCAAUAAAUACUAGAUUUUCACA